AAACCGUGAUCUUCAGAGUUGCACCCUGAGUUAAUCUUUAACAUUUCAUUCUUCAUUUCAGGUCCACUGUUCAGAGUUCAGUCUUUUUGAUCUGAGACAGAAGAUGGAGAGACCUUUCCUACCUUACAACAGGGAGAUGGUGCAUAACCCACUAUCAUCCUGCAUGAGUUAAGGCUUAAGUUCACUUUCUCCGGCAAGAAGGUAAAACAGCUAUCCGAUAUCAUUGUUCACCUUCAUACAUCAAGACAGCAACCUAGCCCAUGAGAUACCCCCAAGCAGGUCCUGGAAGAGGUCGAAAUUGGCUCCUUGGAAGUCCAGGGUAGCAGUUCUGCUUUUUGUCUUACUUCUGUUACCAAGUUCCAUCUUGAACUCCACCAUCUCAUGGUCGCUGCAUCCCAAGAUGCCCCCAACCUUCACAUCCCUAACAAGCCCAUCCCUGUUGGAACCGUUUGGAUUGUCGUGUCUGGCUGAGUUGCUUACUCAGCAGAUGUCUGGAUGAUUGAAGUUCCCCAUGAGAACCAGUGCCCAUGAUUGUGAGGCUACCUCCAGCUGCUUGUAGAAGACCUCAUCGACCUUCUCCUCCUGAUCAGGUCAGCUGAAUUAUCAUUCUACAUCUGCAACUGUAGAGCAACAUGGAGCAGAAGAAUUGGCUUUUGUUCACUGUGGCACUGCUAGCAGCCACCCCCGUCUCAUCAGGUACCAGUGAAGUAUUCUUUGAAAUAUUGGGCCCCCGAGGACAAGGUAUUGAGCUUGCCUGCAGAUCACAUGGAUGGUUCCCCAAACCCACUGUCGAGUGGGUUGUUCGGAAUAAGCAGAUGCUGUCUCCAGACACUGAAAUACAUCAGGACAGCAAGGAGCUCUUCAGUGUGCUGAGCCGAGUCACAAUUACAGGACAGGAAGCGGAAGAAGUCACCUGUCAAAUCCAGAACAACAUGGCACAGGCUGAGAAAACUACUGUGCGCCUCUCAAGUGCUGCUUUUCCACAUACAUCUGCAUGGAUCCAUGCAUUCUGGAUACUAUUGACUUUAACUCUUCUUAUAAGUGCUGUGAGCGCUCUUCUAUUUAGAGCAAAACAGAGGACCUCUAAGAAAAAAAAUGUUGUAGAAGAGACUUUUGAAAAUCAAGAAUCUGAGAAAAUGACAUCAAAUGCAGAUUAUGACUCACUGCAGGCUCGAUAUGAUACAAUAAACAGAGAACUAGAGUUCAGACGGGCUCGAAGCUACAUGGUGCCCAUCACUCUGGAUGUAGCACGGAAACACCCUGAGCUCACCCUGUCCCCUGACAAGAGGACAGUCCAUCACAAGCCUUCUGAUCAGGGUUCCAUCAUCAAGUGUCAGCUUCCCAUCGUGGUGGGCAGGGAGGGCUUUGCCUUGGGGCGGCAUUACUGGGAGGUGCAGGUGUGGGAUGGGCUGGACUGGGAGGUGGGGGUACUGACAGAGACUGUGAGGGACACUCUGAUAGGAGAGAGCUGGGAGGAGCUUCCUAAGCAUGGAAUCUGGUCACUGAGAAGGGAGAAAGGAAAGUUCUGGCCUGAGGAAGCCAAUAAUGUGAUUCAUCAGAAUACUGCCCCACUAGCAGCAGUUGGGCUUGACCUGGACUUAGAACAGAACACGCUCUCCUUCUACAAUGCUGGAGUUUCAGGACGUAUCCUGGAAGUCUCCAUUGAACCAUCAAUGAAACUAUACCCUUUCCUCAAACCAGGCCUUGGUAAGGUAGGAGAGAAGGGGAAACCCCUCUCCAUAAACCACAACACAGGGUGGGACUACCCACAAAAAAUGCAGCAUGAUAUGGUACGUGGAAACCUGACCUGAGCUGCAGUGAUUCUUCUGGUCUCCAUGGAGAGGGAGAAAGGACAGAGCAGCAGAGCAUAUCAUUGACAGCCCUGCUUGGCUCCAUCCAAACUCUGUCAGUGGCAGAGAAGUCUGGACUGGCAAAUACAGAAAGAGCAGGAAGUAUACUUGUGCUUGUCAUUUGAAAUGCCAUCAACCCCCAGGAGCAACACCUGGACCUAUCAACCAAGGAGAUGCACUCAUACCUUCUGCAGCUACCAGUUUUUGCUAUUCCCUUGUCUUUGCAGUCCAUGUUCCUCUUUAUUAAAUAGAAAAUGAAAUAAGAAA